AUGACAGGUCGGCAUGGAGGAACCAAUCAACUGAGGGACAGCUUCCAGGAGGAGGACUGUAACUGGAUCCUGUGUGGGAGACUGAGGGACAGCUUCCAGGAGGAGGACUGUAAAUGGAUCCUGUGUGGGAGACUGAGGGACAGCUUCCAGGAGGAGGACUGUAAAUGGACCCUGUGUGGGAGACUGAGGGACAGCUUCCAGGAGGAGGACUGUAAAUGGACCCUGUGUGGGAGACUGAGGGACAGCUUCCAGGAGGAGGACUGUAAAUGGAUCCUGUGUGGGAGACUGAGGGACAGCUUCCAGGAGGAAGACUGUAAAUGGAUCCUGUGUGGGAGACUGAGGGACAGCUUCCAGGAGGAGGACUGUAACUGGAUCCUGUGUGGGAGACUGAGGGACAGCUUCCAGGAGGAAGACUGUAAAUGGAUCCUGUGUGGGAGACUGAGGGACAGCUUCCAGGAGGAGGACUGUAAAUGGACCCUGUGUGGGAGACUGAGGGACAGCUUCCAGGAGGAAGACUGUAAAUGGAUCCUGUGUGGGAGACUGAGGGACAGCUUCCAGGAGGAGGACUGUAAAUGGAUCCUGUGUGGGAGACUGAGGGACAGCUUCCAGGAGGAAGACUGUAAAUGGAUCCUGUGUGGGAGACUGAGGGACAGCUUCCAGGAGGAAGACUGUAAAUGGAUCCUGUGUGGGAGACUGAGGGACAGCUUCCAGGAGGAGGACUGUAAAUGGAUCCUGUGUGGGAGACUGAGGGACAGCUUCCAGGAGGAAGACUGUAAAUGGAUCCUGUGUGGGAGACUGAGGGACAGCUUCCAGGAGGAGGACUGUAAAUGGAUCCUGUGUGGGAGACUGAGGGACAGCUUCCAGGAGGAGGACUGUAAAUGGAUCCUGUGUGGGAGACUGAGGGACAGCUUCCAGGAGGAGGACUGUAAAUGGACCCUGUGUGGGAGACUGAGGGACAGCUUCCAGGAGGAGGACUGUAACUGGAUCCUGUGUGGGAGACUGAGGGACAGCUUCCAGGAGGAAGACUGUAAAUGGACCCUGUGUGGGAGACUGAGGGACAGCUUCCAGGAGGAGGACUGUAACUGGAUCCUGUACAAGCGUGUGGCUCCGCUGUGGCAGAGCCUGAGUGGGGGUCAGAUUGGAGGCGGCUGCGGUACCAUCAGCGAGGGCAAAGCGCUGUACUUCAGCAGCUCUGGGAAAAGACAGGCACUGACGGUCACCCUGGAUACUACCAACACACGGCUGGUCCAGUUCUACAUCCGAAUCGGAGGGAAGAACGUUGGACCCACCUGUACUAGACCUCGCUCCCGCAACGAAGGAGUGGUAGUCCAGUUCUCAACCAACAACGGAGUGCAGUGGCAGUUCCUGAGAGAGCUGGACUUUGGCUCCUUCCUGGAACCCCAAGUGGUGACCAUUGAACUGCCUCCAGCCGCCAAGACCCCCUACACGGUGUUCCGCUGGUGGCAGCCCCAGCAAGGGAAACACUCAGCCCAGUGGGCUAUGGAUGAUGUUCUGAUCGGUAUGAACGACAGCUCCAGGACUGGUUUCCAUGACAAGUUUGCCGGGACGUCUCCUCUGAGACACAACUGGUACCGUGUCCAGGGGGGAGAGGUCACAGUGGACUGUUUGUCUCUGGACACAGCUCUGUCCUUCUACUCCGAUGCCACAGACAAGAAGCCACGAUAUGCAGAGAGCUGGGACUUUGAGGUGUCUGGCUCCUCCUUCCUGCAGUUUGACCUGUCUAUGGGCUGCAGUAAGACAGUCACGUCCUCUCAUGGUGUCAGGCUGGAGUAUUCCACAGACUGCGGGCGUCACUGGGCCCUGCUCACCUCAGAGUGUGUACCACCUGCCAUCGGUUGUGCCGGCUACACUAUGAACUCUGUCUACACCGCUACACAGUACACCCGUUGGAGGAGGAUUACGGUGUAUCUACCCAGCGCUGCCAAUUCUCCCAGGACACGGUUCAGGUGGAUUCAGCCUCACUUCAUCCCCGGAGCUGAUGGCUGGGCCUUGGACAACGUGCUGCUGGCCCCUGGUUGUCCCUGGAUGUGCUCUGGACACGGACUCUGUGACAACGGACGCUGUGUGUGUGACCAUGGUUAUGGCGGGGCCCACUGCGUGCCCCUGGCCCCCCUCCCCUCCAUCUUGAGAGAAGACUUCAACGAGAACCUGGUGGCGGAGCAGUGGCCCGAGGUGUACGGGGCUGAGAGGGGGACGCUCAGCGGGGAGCCCCUCAAAUCUGGCACCGCACUCAUCUUCAAAGGGGAGGGUCUACGUAUGUUGGUGUCUAGGGAUCUAGACUGUACCAGCACUCUCUACAUCCAGUUCUCCUUCAAGUUCAUCACUAAGGGUGUCCCAGAACGGUCCCACUCGGUGCUGCUGCAGUACUCAGUGAACGGAGGAAUCAGCUGGUUGCUGUUAGAUGAGUUCUACUUCCCCACCUCUACUGACACGCUGUUCCUACACCUCCCUCUGCCUGCCAGGGCCCAGACCAACGCUACCCGCUUCAGGCUCUGGCAACCCUACAACAGUGGUAAGAAAGAGGAGGUGUGGGUGAUUGAUGACCUGAUCAUCGAUGGCAGCUCGCUCAACAACCCUCCUGUAGUCUCAGACAACUUCGAGGGCGGACCCCAAAACUCCAACUGGCUCUUUUACCCAGGAGGCAACACUGGACUCUACUGCCCCUACCAGAAGAGGGGCCUGGAAAAGGAUGAGUCUGCCAUGGUGUUUUUAUCCAGUGAGCUGGGAGAACAUUCUAUAACCACCAGAGACAUCGACGUCAACGAGAACACCAUCAUCCAGUUUGAGAUCAACGUGGGUUGCACGGCAGACAGCUCAGCCUCUAACCCGGUACGACUGGAAUUCUCCAGGGACUUUGGGUCCACCUGGCACCUCCUGGUGCCCUUGUGUUCAGGAGGCCCCCAGCCCUCUUCCCUGUGCUCCACAGAGCUGCACCCAGCCAGUGUCUACUACCCAGGAACCACCCAGGGCUGGAGGCGGGAGGUCAUCCACUUUGGCAAGCUGAGACUCUGCGGCUCCAUCCGGUUCCGUUGGUACCAGGGCUUCUACUCCAGCAGCUCCUCCCCUCCUACCUGGGCCCUGGACAGUGUGUACAUUGGCCCCCAGUGCCAGGACAUGUGUAACGGACACGGGACGUGUGUGAAGGGGACACACUGCGUCUGUGACCCAGGCUACUCGGGCGCAGACUGCUCCCAACCCGACACACUCAACCCUGAUUUCCUCAAGGAAGACUUUGAAGGAGGGGCGAUGGAUGCAGAGCUGUUCAGCCUUCUGAGUGGAGGGAAGCCUAGCAGGAAGUGUGGCAUCAUGUCCAGUGGGAACCACCUGUUCUUCAGCGAGGAUGGCCUGCGCAUGCUGGUCACGAACGACAUGGACCUUUCCAAUGCCAGGUUUGUUCAGUUCUUCCUGCGUCUGGGCUGUGGGAAGGCAUCCCCAGACCCCCGUUCCCAGCCCGUCCUGCUCCAGUUCUCUGUAGACGGAGGUCUGACCUGGGGCCUGCUGCAGGACUUCCUCUUCUCAAACAGCAGUAACCAGGCUCGCCUGGUGGCCCUAGAGAUCCCUCUGCGUGCCCGUACCUCCUCCACACGUCUCCGCUGGUGGCAGCCCUCUGAGAACGGACACUUCUAUAGUCCAUGGGUCAUUGACCAGCUGGUGGUGGGUGGCAGUGCCAGUGGCUGGGGACCUCUGGAGGACGACUUCUCCUCUAUGGACGGUCGUUCCUGGCUGCUCCACCCCGGGGGUACCCGUAUGCCCGUGUGUGGUUCUGACGGGGCGGCCUUCGCCUUCAUAGAGAAGUCCAACACGCGCUAUGCUGUCACCACAGACAUCAGCCUGGGUCAGGAUGCCUUCAUACAGUUUGACUUCUCAGCUUCCUGCUCUGUCACCAACUCCUGCUACGCCAUUGAACUAGAGUAUUCUCUGGACCUGGGUCUGAGCUGGCAGCCUCUGGUGAGAGACUGUCUCCCCACCAGCCCAGACUGCUCCUCCUACACCUUACAGAGACUGCUGGUAGCCGACACCUACAACAAGUGGGGCCGAGUCACUCUGCCAAUCCCCACCUAUGCCAGGUCUCCAGCCACGCGGUUCCGGUGGUUCCAGCAGGCUCCGUUUGACAAGCAGCAGACCUGGGCUCUGGACAACCUCUACAUCGGAGACGGCUGCCCUGACAUGUGCUCCGGACACGGACGCUGCCAGCAGAGCAACUGUGUGUGUGAUCCAGAGUGGGGAGGAGAGUACUGUGAUGAGCCUGUGGCCCCUCUGCCCUCCCAGCUAAAGGACAGCUUCAGUCGAGCCCCCUCUCUCAGCCACUGGCACCUGGUGACCGGCGCAAAACUCAGUACUGUGUGUGGGGCCGUGGCAUCUGGUGCUGCACUGCACUUCAGUGGGAGUUGUAGUCGUCAGCUGGUGACGGUGGACCUGAACCUGACCAACGCGGAGUUCAUCCAGUUUUACUUCAUGUACGGCUGCAUGACCCCACCUAGCAACCGUAACCAGGGCGUGCUGCUGGAGUUCAGUCUGAACGGAGGCAUCAACUGGAAUCUUCUGACAGAGAUCUUCUAUGACCUGUACAGCAAGCCUGGAUUUGUCAACGUGCUGCUACCCCCAGCAGCCCGUCAGGAAGGGGUGCGUGUGCGCUGGUGGCAGCCGACACACGAAGGAGCGGACCACAGCGACUGGGCGCUGGACAACCUUCUGAUAGCCGGCUCUGACCCGCGGGCUCAGAUAACUGACACAUUUGGAGGGGUGGCGCUGCCCAACCACGAGAGAGCUCCCGCUGAUGGUACACCCACAGGCAGGAUAGGACUCCUUAGUGAGGGAGAGGAGGAGAGCACCUCAGUGAGUGACCAUUGGCUGUUCAGUGAGGACUGUGUGGUACAGAGAUUCUGUAGUUCUCCAGACGGUGUGAUGGUGUGUGGUAGUGACGACGGGAGAGAGGUCUACGCUGUCACACAUGACAUCAUACCUGACAAAGACUGGGUCAUGCAGUUCAAGAUAGCAGUGGGCUGCGGUGUUCCAGAGCGCCAGGCGGAGCGGCAGGUCCACGUCCAGUACUCUGUGGACUUCGGUGUGUCCUGGAGGUACCUGGUGUUUCAGUGUCUCCCUGCGGACCCUCGCUGUGGAGGACAUGUCUCCCAGCCCAGCGUCUUCUUCCCUGCCCAGGGCUGGAAAAGGGCCGUCUACCCCCUACCGGACAGCCUGGCAGACACCGCGGUCCGUUUCCGGUUUUACCAGCAGCACUCGGACACCCAGUGGGCUGUGGAGAACUUCUACAUCGGGCCGGCCUGUGACGGCCACUGUGGGGGACAUGGAGACUGUCUAGACCAGAGAUGUCUCUGUGACCCUGGCUUCACUGGACCCAACUGCUACGCCAGCACUUCUCUCAAGGCGUCUCUGAAGGAGCGUUUUGACUGGGAGGGGGCCCCAGGCCCUCAGUGGCAGGUCCUGGAGGGGGGCCAUCCCUGUACCGACUGUGGGGUGCUGGUGGAGGGGACAGCCCUGUACUUUGGAGGGGCAGAUGCCAGACAGGCCGUCUCUACUGACCUGGACCUCCGCGGAGCCAAGUUUGUAGAAUACUGGGCCAGGAUCGGCAGUGAAGACAACAUGACCAUGUGCCAUCGCCCAACCUGUCGUAAAGAGGGAGUGCUGCUGGACUACUCCACAGAUGGAGGUGUGUCCUGGACCCUGCUCCAUGAGAUGGACUAUCUGAAGUAUGUGUCUGUGAGGCGUGAUUACAUCGUGCUACCAGAGGGGGCGUUAUCUAAUGCUACACGGUUGCGGUGGUGGCAGCCCUUCCACGUCUCCUCUGGUCUGGCGACAUCCGGGCCGGAGCGCGCUCAGUGGGCCGUCGACAACAUCCUGGUGGGAGGGUCUGACAUCAACCCUUCCAGCCUGCUCGACAACUUCGAUGACGAGGGUGUGUCACAUGAGGAGAGCUGGAGCUUCUAUCCCAAUGCGGUGCGUACAGCAGGCUUCUGUGGGAACCCCUCUUUCCACCUCUACUGGCCCAACAAGAAACAGGACAAAACACACAACAUUCUGGCCACCCGCGAGCUCAUCGUACAGCCUGGGUACAUCCUACAGUUUAAGAUUGUGGUUGGUUGUGAGGCAGACAGCUGUGAAGACCACCAUUCUGUCCUGCUGCAGUACAGGAAGGAUGCCAGGUCUGACUCAUGGCAGCUGGUUCAGUCAGAGUGUAUUCCCUCCUCUGUGAACAACGUGGGCUGUUCUCCCUUCAUGUUCCAUGAGUCCACCAUCUACAGUCCAGUCAACAGCUCCAGCUGGACCAGGGUCACUGUUCAGCUGCCUGACCACGUCUCCUCAGGAGCCACGCAGUUCCGUUGGAUCCAGAAGGAGGGUGCUGGCGAGCGUCAUGGCUGGGGGGUGGACAAUGUCUACAUCGGGGAGGCAUGUCCUGGGAUAUGUAGCGGUCAUGGUUACUGUACCAGCGGGGUGGUCUGCAUCUGUGACGAGGGACACCAUGGUGAUGACUGCUCCCUGUCCAGCAGUGACCUACCUAGCUCAAUAAAGGAUAACUUUGAGUCAGGCAGCGUGUCAGAGGAGAGCUGGCAACUCAUCCAAGGGGGCGGGGUGGGUAGUGGGUGUGGCCAGCUCUCUCCCCACGCCCACGGAGACUCGCUCUACUUUAACGGCUGUAAGACGAGGCAGGCGAUCACCAAGCCUCUGGACCUGACACGAGCCAGUAAGAUCAUGUUCGUGCUGCAGAUAGGCAGUGUGUCCCAGACAGACAGUUGUAACACAGCCCUGGACCAGGCUGACACAGUGGACAGGGCAGUUCUGCUGCAGUACACGGUCAAUAACGGAGUCAGCUGGCACGUUAUCGCCCAACACCAGCCCAAAGACUUCAUCAAGGCCCAGAGGGUUUCCUACAACAUCCCACUAGAGGCGAGGGUUAAAGGGGUGGAGCUGCGGUGGUGGCAGCCACGUCACGACGGAGCGGGACAUGACCAGUGGGCGCUGGACCACGUGGAAGUAGUGCUCACCCGUAAACAAAACUACAUGAUGAACUUUGCCAGACAGACCGGCCUACGUCACUACUACAGCCGAAAGAGGCGGGCACUGCAGCAUGCCUAACCAAUGGAUUUUCCCUACGACCUGCCAAUCACACAUAUGACCGACCGACCGACCGACCGACCAACCACAUUCCUUUCUCCUGAUGCCAUAUCACCCUGUCAAGUCCUGCCCUCCAGCCAAUGGAUUCCAGUCAGCCUUAGACCACACCCCUUCCCUCUCCAACCCCCACUGCCAGAAAACAUGGACCAUCCCAUCAGUUUACGCUGCAACCAAUCAGAAGCCUUCCCCACCCCCAAUGUGACUGGAAGGAAGGAGACGUGAAGGAGCAACAAAGGCGGACAUUUUGUUUACUUUUAAUGGACUUCCGGGUUUCUAGUUGUUUUCUAAUCGUUGCUGUACGUGGUUAUUAUAUGAUGAUUCCCUGUUCCAGUUGCGAUACGAUGAUGAUACUACCCACCCCUGGAUUUCCCCCUAUCACCCCAUCCUACCCGCCUAGUCCUACUACUACCACACUGUGAAAUUAUUAAGAGAAAUAUCACUGAUGACCAAUGACAUAGAGUUGGAUAGAGGGCACACAGUCACAGAAGCGAUAAUGGCAAAGCUAGGAGGGGGGGCCCUGUUUCCAACUCUAUGCCAGGUUACUGGGGUGUAUUCAUUAGUCCGAUUCCAUUGCAAAACGUUUUACAACAAAAACCAUUUACUGUUUACUCUAGGAACCAAACGGAAACAAGCGGAGGGAAAACGGAACGAAAAUGGAGAGAGACCUAACUGAAUUUGUCCAAUAGAAACUCUUUUGGACUAAACGGUUUCCAUUGCAAAACGUUUUUGCGACAGAAUCUGACGAAUUAAUAUACCGCAGGGCUAGUUGGCUGAGCCGGAAGGAGAGGGGGAACACUCCUCCGCCUGCACCGGUAUCUAGGAGGAAGAUCAUUACAGUGAUAACGACGCUAAAAAAUAUAGUACUGUGUUCUUCCUGUUCUGUGAGUUAUUUUCGUGAUGAGUCGACUGUGGCCGUGUUUCGUUUAAUUGGUUUGUUUUUUUACUAAUUCACAUUGCGCAAUUUUUCGGUUGGAUGAGUUUUUUUUCUCCCCUUGUUUAUUGGAUGAGGGACAGAUGGAUAAGGGGCAGGGUGGAUGAACGAAACCCUGCCGUCAAGGUAGGCGGAAGGAAGAAACAAAUCGCAAAAAUAAAGGGAAAAUACAUAA